AUGUUGGGAAAUGAGACUUUAACAGAUACUAUUGAUAAACUUUCAGAGGUCAUUGGAUUUAGAUUGCCUUCUGUACAACUUCCACACCAAAAGUCAUACACCUAUUCUAGUCCUGUUCCUGCAUUGUUGGUGGAGAAUUUACCAAACAAGGUUAAUGAACCAUGUGUUCUAGGUGUAGAUGAAGCAGGAAGAGGACCAUGCCUUGGACCAAUGGUAUAUGCCGUCAGCUAUUGUCCAGUUUCUCGUCACCAGGAAUUCAAAGCCAUGGGUUUUGAUGAUUCCAAGAAACUCACGGAGGACCGCCGUACCGCAUUGGCCAAAAUUAUUGAGGCUAAUUUGGAUUGGGUCGGCUGGGCUGUGUAUGUAAUUUCCCCCCAAGAUAUAUCUGUCAAUAUGCUGGCUAGACCUCCAUUUAAUCUCAAUGAAAUGGCUCACGACGCAACAAUCAAGUUGAUCCGUAGUGUUCUUGAGCAAAAAGUUAACUUGACAGAGAUAUAUGUAGAUCCUGUUGGUCCGUCGCAAUCCUAUCAGGUUAAGCUUUCUCGUAACUUUCCUGGUAUAUCUAUCACAGUUGAACCAAAGGCAGAUGCUCUCUAUCCUAUUGUCAGUGCAGCAAGUAUCUGUGCUAAAGUUACACGUGAUCAAAUUGUCCAGAACUGGAUUUGGACAGAAGAAGGCUUAGACAUCCCUAAGAAUUUUGGGUCUGGCUAUCCUUCAGAUCCAAACACUGUAAAGUGGUUGAAGAAGAACGGAGAUCGAUUUUUUGGAUAUCCCAGUAUCAUUCGGUUUAGCUGGAAGACGAUCUCUACUAUAAUCGAAGAACCCAAGAAUAUUGAAUGGUAA